UCUUCAAAAACCAAUCCCUUGUAUCUUAUUCAACCAUUUGAAAGCUUAUCAUCUGUAAUUUCCUUAAACAUACCAAAUUCGAGUUUCAAUAGCCUAUCAUCUAUUAUAAAUGAAGUUACAAAGCUUCAAAGUGUAUGCGUGGAAUGUGGCUCAGAUUCCCAACUAAGUCAAGAUGUGGCAAGAAUUUUGGGUACCUUAUAUGCUGCAAAUUAUACACAAUUGCUAGCUUUACCAAGUACAUCUGAGAUCUCAUCAUCAGCUUCAAGUAUGGAAACUUUGGCAAUAAUUGUUUCUCACAAUCAAACUUAAACUUCUCCAGUCUCACAAGAUGUGUUGAGAUAUCUUUUGAUUCAAAUGGGAAGGAACGACCAAUUCACAAGUACUCUUGAAGAAAGCAUUCUAGAGAAUUUCAGAAGCUGUGGGUCUGAUGAUUUUUGUCUUCCAGGCGACAAACUUCCUGAUUGGCUAACCUUCAUUGGUGAAGGAGCUUCAGUAAUUUUCCAAGUGCCUCAACAAGUCAGUGGUUAUAAUCAUAACUUGAGAGGAAUGGCUUUGUGCCUUCUUUGGUUGUCUUCUCAAGGAAACAUAACAUCAGAUCAUAUAAAUAAUGUUUUGAUCAUAAACUACACCAAAACUACCAUACAGCUCUACAAGCGAGACUCACUAACUUCCUUUGAAGAGUUAGAUUGUGAAAGCCAUAUUUCAACUCUGGAAGCUGGUGAUAAAGUUGAAGUUAUGGUAACUAGUGGGGAUGGACUCACCGUAAAGAAGACAGCGAUUCAUCUGUUUUAUGGUUCACCAAUUCAAGAAGCAAUAAUGGAGAUUUCACAUCCUGAUCAAGAUAAUUUUUCUUUGGAUGUUAGAAAUCCAGAAAGGGUUAAAUCUAAGAGUAGAAUAUUUAACCACAAGAAGCUUUUCAAAUUCUUUCAAGAAUGUUUUAGGAAGUAGAUAAUUUUAUAAAAUUUCUUCUGAUAUUAAUCCAUUUAUUUGUAUUUGUUUGUUUUUCAAUAUUUUCUGCAUGAUC